GGGGGGGGGGAGGCCCAGCUCUGUUUCCAUGGCAACACUCGCUGCCCGGUAUUGGGGUGAGGAUGUUCAACACUGCUCCGCAACACUUAGUAUGAAAAAGCAAAUGAACGAGCAGGUCACAAACUACUACACGAAUACCAGCUCUUCCAAUCUGUUGCAAAAAUGCAAAGGAAGCAGGUGACCUGGUUUGCCAAUUCAGAGAUCUUCAAGGACAUCCCACUCUCAUUGCAUGAGGCCGCCUUCAGAGGAGAUGUGGAUACAUUGAAACAUUUAAUUGAUGAUUGUGGGCUGAUCUCAAACAUUGACAGACACUUGAUCUGGUCUGGAGGAUCCAUUCCUUGCGCACCACUACUGUUAGCUGUAAUAGGGGGACAUGUGGACUGUAUCAAGUUUCUCAUUCACAAAGGUGCAAAUGUAAACUGUGUGGAUGACAGGGGACAGUCGCCUCUUUACAUUGCCGCAGUGAAUAGAAACUUAAACUGCAUACAAAUUCUGUUACAGGCUGCUGCCAAACCCAAUGGGAGUGCUCACAAUAGGUGCACUCCUUUGUUUUUUGCUACCCGGGAUGGGGAAGUGGACAUCAUGAGAGAGCUGAUCAACCAUGGAGCAGAUAUAAAUUCUGCAGUUCAUUUGUCUCCAAAGUUGUACCCAAAUACCUUGAUCAAUACCCCACUGUAUAUUAGUGUUUCAUACAACAAACUAGAUUGUUUCAAACUGCUUCUCCAGAGUGGUGCAAACCCAAACUUCAACUGCAAGCGACUAGAUGAACGCAACAGAUUGCAGAGUUUCUAUGGAGAGCGUCCUCUACCAAGUUCUGCUACAAGCCUUCUGGAUGCAGUAGUGAAGAUGAAUUGUAGGGAAGAAUUUGCAAAGUUGUUGGUGGAGUUUGGAGCCGAUUUGAGUUUAUUCAGUUGCAACGAAACCCUUGGGAAUAGCCAUUUGAUUUUGAAUAAUCCUUGUGCACUUUACUUCCAAAUGGCUAGAGCAAAUCCAAGGAUACUUCAAAGUGCUUGUCGGCUUCUCAUUCGAAGAUGUCUGGGUGUGACAAGAUUAAACUAUAUCAAUGAUUUACCACUGCCAAAGUUCCUCAAGAAUUACCUCUUCUAUAAACCUGUUUGAUACGCAGUAACUCAAUCAAUGAAAUGUUGGUACACCAACUGUGUGAAAGAAUUAAGUUCUGCAAGAUGUAACUCUAGUUUGAACAGAAACAAAUAAAUUGAUAACCAUAAUUAUUGUAUUUCAAUUUAAAAGCUAUUGAGUGGCUUCCUGAACAGACAAGAUGAUGAUUCAAACAGUGUUUUAUUAAUUUUAAAGAUAUUUGUUUGGAUGAUCAGUCUCAUACUUUUGGAGUCCUGCAGCU